AUGCAAGACGUGUCGGAAAUAGUCCCUGAAUUGUCUGCGUAUCAGUACAGCCCGCUUCCACCAAGGCCCAACAAUAUCCGUUUGCUCCGUAUACUCCCGGCUCGCGGGGACACCGCCCCUAUUCGAUGUCACCUCUUCGAUUAUUCUCUUUCGGAUCAACGCAAAGGAGGUCACCUAUACGAAGCACUAUCAUAUGUGUGGGGGAUCACCGACAAGUCCCAGACUAUCUUCAUUGACGAUCAGUACCUGGCGGUGACCGCCAACCUCCACGAGGCCCUGUUACAUCUGCGAGAUACUGCGAUCGAACGGAUCGUGUGGAUCGAUGCGAUUUGUAUAAAUCAGGCAGACCUGAAAGAGCGUGGUGAGCAGGUCCAGCUUAUGGCCAAGAUCCAUAGCCAUGCAGCUUGUGUGGUCGUUUGGCUCGGACAGGCUUCGACUCAUAGCGACAUAAUGCUGGAGACAAUACGCAGAGCUGCCGGCGACGGGACGUUCCCGCGGUGCCAUGCGUCUGUAUGGGCGGGGAUUGAAGAGGUUUUAGGACGGCCGUGGUUUAGGCGCAUCUGGGUCCUUCAGGAAGUGGCGGCAGCCAGGCAGAUCCGACUGCACUGCGGAUUUGUGGAUCUUGACGGGUACACAUUUAGUGCUGGGUUAAGAGUGUUAAGCUAUCAAUACCCUGGGCUUAUAGUCCUGCAGCGCUUGGUAGCUCCUGUAAUCGACAUCGUGAGAAGGGCGAUCUUCAGGCCGAGAAUCAUGGAAAGCGCGUCGAACUCAGGGAACUUUUCUCUCCGUAUACUGCCUCUGGGCGAGUUGAUCGAAAUGUACAACCGCCACGAGGCAACUGAGCGUCACGAUAAGAUUUUUGCGCUGCUAGGUAUGAGUUCCGACAACCCUAUUUCGGCUGGGUUAAUACCCAAUUAUGCGCUCCGAUGGAGUGAGGUUCUGCGGAAAAUAAUUGUUUUCCUGUUGGGUUCUGACGUGUCAGCCGAGUCAGCAAUCAUUGAAGGGAAAGGAUAUGUUCUUGGCAAGGUGUGCAAAGUGGACGGUGGUGAUACAAGCGACAGCCAAGAUAUCGAAAUUAUACCUACAGCAGCAACCAGGCGUCCUGAGGGCAAGCGUACGUUGUCUCUGCAGAGACUUUCGAAUCCCGUGAGAGAAGGCGAUAUCAUCUGCCUGCUUUCCGGGGCACAAAAUCCAUCUAUUGUCCGAUUAUGCAAAGACUACUUUAUCGUUGUCAGAAUCCAUAUCUCUAUGCCGCUGAAUGUGCCUAAAAAUGCCUCUGGGCACGAUUUUCUACUAUACUGGGAUUGGGAAGACUCCGAACAGAGAUCAUCGGAACAUUCUGAAUACAAGACCUUGAUGGAAUCUCUGGCGUCACAAUGGACAGAUACUCGUCCACAUGAGAUGACCCGCCUGUGGCAUGUAGCACUGAUAUUGGACGAUGCUUGGGAAUUCAGAAAAUCGAGCAUAAGAGUGCAAGACUCUUUGCUAGCCCAUGUAACUGAACUGGGGGAGGAGGAUCCGCGAACUUUGACCUGCGCGCACAAGACUGCAUCCUUGCUGUUGAAGCUGGAUGAGAUGGAGCCAGCAGUGGCAUUGUUUGAUCGAGUAAUAAAGUUGGCUUGGAAGAGGAGGGAGUUGGAUACAAUCACGAUGAACAGUCUCUCCGCGCUGGCGAUGGUCUACAGGGCGCAAGGCCGCUGGAGCGAGGCGCGAAAGUUAAGAGUGAUGGAAGAUACCAUCGAUAUGAUGCGAAACGACAAGCAUACCUGUGCGGAUAUAAUGGCGAAGGCGACUAGGAAACCAGAUAAGGAUGUCCCGAUGCUUACAUUUGAGCGAGAAGGGCACAACGCUCAAGUCACGGAAGAUCAGCUUAUCACGAUAGCCAAGGACCCCUGUGGAGCGGAAAUAAUGGAAGUCGUCCUUGAAUACCAAGGAAGAGAAGCGCGUAUCACAGAUGCUGUGAUCGCUGCAGCUCCGCGGAAUGGAAGUCACGGAAAGGCAGUUAUUAAGUUGCUCCUUGAAAGAAGUGGAUAUGAAAUACGACUUCCAAAAAACGUUCUCCUCGCUGCAAUGGAGAACAUUGAGAGCGGUUGUGAAAUACCCCAGCUUCUUCUUGACCAAGGAAAAGCCACGACGGUUAUUGAUGAGGCCGUGGUCGCGGCCACGCAGCAUGCGAGCGAGGAGCAUUUGAGGUUAUUGAUGAGGAAGGAAUAUGAACAGGUCCAGUUUACGCGAGCCGCACACGUUCAGGUUGCAGGCAAAUGCGACAAGGGAUUCAUGAAGAGGUUACUUGACAAGGAAGGUGAGAGGUUCAGACCUACUGAGCAUAUACUCAUCGCAGCAGCAGGGAGCCGCUAUGGAAGCGGUGUGCUCUGCAUCCUCUUUGAGGAACGAGGAAACGACAUCAAGAUCACCGACGACGUUGUUGCUGCUGCUGCUGGCCAUAAAUACGGAGACGGUGUGAUACGACUCCUGCUGCAGCGUAGACACAACGAAGUUCGGCUUACAGAAAAAGUGGUUGUGGCGGCCGCGCGGUCCCCGUCUGGAAAGGAUAUUAUGAUGCUCCUUCUCGGACGUGAAAUCGACAAGAAUCGGUUAUCUGACAAUGUGGUGGUUGAGGUAGCAAGAUAUUUCGAUGCUGAGAUCAUGUCGCUCGUCCUUGAUUCCAUGCAGCGCAGUGUUGAAAUCCCCGAGGGAAUGAUCACUGCUACUCUGAAGAACCAGCAUGGUAAAGACAUCUUGCGCCUUCUUUUCCACACCAGAAGAAGCAAGGUGAACGUCAGAGAUGACACGGUCACUCAGGUGGCCGAGUUAUGUGAUCCCGAAACAAUGAAGCUCCUCCUUGAUAGCACGCAAGGUUCGGUCACGUUGACAGACUCCACACUCAUUGCGGCAGCUCGGAACAAAGGCGGUCAUUCAAUGCUCAUGUUGCUACUCAGUCAAACACGGGGCAGGCUCCAAAUCAGUGAAGAACUGGUCUUACAUGUUGUAAGGAAGGGGAGAGGAGCACUGAAGGCAUUGCUAGAUAAAAGAGGCCAGGAUUUCCACGUUACAGAAGGCAUCUUGGUUGCAGCAGCUCAACAGUGGUACGGGAAGCAGCUUUUGACGCUUCUUUUUGAGAGAAAGUCAGACGAGAUUCGGAUUACUGAAAAGGUGCUCAACGCGGCAGCUGGGAGCAAGCGUAGCGAUGAAGUGGUGGAGUUUCUAUAUGUCCAUAAGGAAAUGUUCAGGUAG